CCUGCGCUGCGAGCCGAGCCGGGCCGAGCCGAGCCGAGCCGGGAGAGCGGCGGGAGGCAGCACCGGGGACAGCGCAGCACCGGGGCCGGGCCGUGGGUCUCACCCCACGGACACUCGCGUGCCCGAGGGGCGAGGGGCCGUGACCCGCCGGCUCCGUCCUCCCGCGAUCCCCGGCGCAAGCGGGGUCCGGGGGCAGCGGCCGCCGUUUGGGAGGGGAUCGGCGGCUGGGAGGGGGUGCGGAGCCCCGGCGGCCCCCCCGGCCCCGGGCAGGGCACCAUGUCCGCCCGCGAGCAGCAGCCGCCGGCGCAGCCCCCCCCGGCCGCCCCCGCCGAGGCGGCGGAGCUGGAGGGGGCGAACCGGUACGAAGCGGUGGUUCCCCACUGGUUCUACCGCAAGGUCACGGACUCCCGGGAGAGGUGGGUCCCCUUCAGCACGCAGGACUCUGAGAGGCUGGAAGAGGCGCACUGCUCAGGAAAGGACAAAGAAGAGGUGGUUGUCCCGACCUCGGGGGGCAGGUACGACGUGCACCUGAGGCAGAGGCAGCGCGUGGCCGUGUACUGGGAGGAGGAGGCAGCCGAGGUGCGGCGCUGCACCUGGUUCUACAAGGGGGACAAGGACAACAAGUACAUUCCCUACUCCGAGUCCUUCAGUGAAGAACUGGAGGAAGCUUACAUGAUUGCUGUGACCCUGGACGAGUGGAAGACAAAACUGGAGUCUCCUAGCAGGGAAAUCAUUAUCUUGCACAACCCAAAGCUGAUGGUGCACUACCACCCCGCUGCCUCCUCCGACGACUGGGGCUCCACUCCCACGGAACAAGGUCGACCUCGGACUGUGAAGAGAGGAGUAGAAAACAUCGCUGCUGAGAUCCCCAAUGGAGAGCCACUGCAAAUCGACCACCUGGUUUUUGUGGUGCACGGGAUCGGCCCCGCCUGCGACAUUCGCUUCCGGAGCAUCAUCCAGUGCGUGAAUGACUUCAGGAAUGUUUCCCUGAGCAUGCUACAAGCACACUUCAAGAAAGCACAGGAGCAGCAGCAGAUUGGCCGGGUGGAAUUCCUACCUGUGAACUGGCACAGCUCCCUCCACUCCACCGGGGUGGAUGUCGACCUGGAGCGAAUCACUCUGCCGAGCAUCAACCGCCUGCGGCACUUCAUCAACGACACCAUCCUGGACGUGUUCUUCUACAACAGCUCCACAUACUGCCAGACCAUCGUGGACACCGUGGCCUCCGAGAUGAACCGCCUGUACCAGCUCUUCCUGCAGAGGAACCCCCACUUCAGUGGGGGGGUCUCCAUCGCGGGGCACAGCUUGGGGUCGCUCAUUUUGUUUGACCUGCUGACAAACCAGAAAGCUGCUCCAGAGGAGGACGAGCACAGCGAGGUGGGGUCCAGGACAACCUCGAGCAACAGAGGCAUUGGGGACGUAAAAGAAAUCCUGAAGAAGCUGGAGCUGUCUGAAUAUUGUGAUGUUUUUGAGAAGGAAAAGAUGGACAGGCAGGCACUGUUCUUGUGCACAGAGGAAAACCUUAAAGAAAUGGGAAUUCCCUUAGGACCAAGAAUGAAGAUACUCCAUUACAUCAGCUCCAAGAGGGAGAUGCAGGACCAGAGCACGGCAGCUCCCGGGCACAGCGGGGAGCACAGGGCCCAGCCUGGGCCCCCCUCACAGCACAACCCAGACAGCACAGAUGAAGGCAGGAACUGCCAAUACCGGGACGUUGCCUUAGGACAGGUCUCGGCUAACUAUCCUCAGCUGGACUACAAGCCCACCAUCUUCUUUGCUUUUGGGUCUCCCAUCGGGAUGUUUCUCACGGUGCGAGGAGUCAAGCGGAUCAACCCCAACUACAGCCUGCCCACCUGCAAAGGCUUCUUCAACAUCUUCCACCCUUAUGAUCCGGUGGCAUACAGGAUCGAGCCCAUGAUUGUCCCAGAUGUGGAGUUUGAGCCCAUGCUGCUGCCCCACCACAAGGGCAGGAAGAGGAUGCACCUCGAGCUGAAGGAAGGGCUGACUCGGAUGAGCGUGGACCUGAAGAACAACCUGCUGGGGUCCCUGCGGGUGGCCUGGCAGUCCUUCACCCGCGCCCAGCUGCCGGCCCUGGAGGCGGCGACCACCGACACGGAGGCGGAGCCAGAGGCCGGGGCCGAGAAGGAGCCAGAGACGAAGCCAGACGAGCCCCCUGCAGCAGCAAAGGAGGAGACCCCCCCCAUCAACGUGGGGAUGCUGAACAGAGGGAACCGCAUCGACUACGUGCUGCAGGAGAAGCCAAUAGAGAGCUUUAAUGAGUAUCUAUUUGCCCUGCAAGGGCAUCUCUGCUACUGGGAGUCAGAAGACACAGUUCUGCUUGUUCUGAAGGAGAUCUACCAGACACAAGGCAUUACACCAGAUCAACCUUUGCCAGGAGGCCAAUGACCAACCCGUGCUGUUCUGGCUGCUUGAUAUCAAAUUCAAAUGAGUACUCACCAGGAAAGUCCAGAUUUCUACUCUGCCUUCCUCUCUCCUCUGCUGCUGUGUCCUGCAUGCUGCUUCCCAAGUACUUGCUGCUACCUGGAGAUAAGGAUGAUUUUACUCCUUUUUGGGUAGGGGUGGGGGGUGGUGGGAAAUACCAGGGAAAACACUUCUGCUCAAGCACACACAGCACCUGCCCUGUGACUCCCUGUGGCAACAGGUACUUUGAACCCUCCACCUUGUCAGCUAUCACACUAGCUCCUCUAGCACUGAAGCAGGUUAGUUGUCUGGGCUAGGAACCAGCACUGAGGGCCUGACUCUGCUUCUGGCUUAGUGAGGACACUCACAGCUUGUGACUUUGAGGAAAAAGCCUUAAACACACAGCAUGGAGAGAGCUGUAGCAGCCUGGUUGAGCGCAGGAGCUUGCCUGCUCCUCCCUGCUGUCACAGUCACCAGGACUGGGGUCUGCAGGGGGUGACACCUAGGACACAGGCUGCUGUUCCAGCAGGAACUUGUCUCCCAGCCAUCCUCAUCUCCCUGAACUGCUGCUGCAUCGUUUGUGCACCAAUGGGCUGUGCCAGGCAGGGCUGUCCCACAGCACUCAUGAGAGCAGCAUGUUUGUCACCUUGACCCAGCAGCGAACAAACCAAGGGCCACCCCAGGCACUGCAUCUUGUGUAGGACCAAGCUAGUGGCCAGGGACUACAUGGGAGGAAAGCUUCACCUCCAGCUCCAACUCCAACCAGACCUGGGGAGAGCAGCUGCUCCUCAGCAGUGUCCAGGCAGCUGGGAGGCCCAGAAGGACAACCCUCCUGUGCUGGCAGGGGCACAGGGCAGCACUGCCCUCCUGGGUGGCCACAGGAGUCUCACCCCAGCCAGGCUCCAGGCUUUGCUUUGGAUUUUAAAUGCACACAAAAUGCAGCCAGGGAAGUUGGAGCCCGGAUCUAUGGGGUCUGGGCACUGUGUCCCAAUGACCCCACUGAAGAAGUGUCACCAGCUCAGUUGCAACUGCCUGGGGGGUGUGAGCUUUGCUCCAAGGGGCUGGGGAGCCCCCGGUGAUUGCCCCCGUGUGACCAAACCCCCCCAGGCAGACCCCCUGGCUGGGCUGGAGCCUCGGGGCAAGGCAGAGGCUCCAGUGGUUGCUGUGACAGCCUUUGGAAAGAGCCAAACCACUUUCCCUCCCACUGACUUUUGCCCUGCAUGGGCUAAGGAGCCUUUUCCCCGCCACCCGUUUUGUUUGUCCUCUGUGGUACCACAUGAUUUGCACUAUCUGAAAGGUGUUGUUUGCAGCCUGUAUCCCUCCUCCCUUCCCCAAGGAACAAGCUGUUCUUUUACCUGACUGCAGAAACAGACCCGCUGCUCAGCCGGUGCCUGCACUGAUUGCUAAAGCAUCUCCUACAAGAGUAGGAAAAGGAACAGUCUUAACACUCUCAUGGUCAGCUUUUUAAGUUAUGCACUUUGUUAAAAAAAAAAAAAAGAAAAGAAAAAAAAGAAAAAAAAAGUGAAAUACGUUUUAAAUGUUAUUUAAUGUCUUUUCCAGUAAAAGCCAAAAUAAAUAAGUAGACGAC